AGCAGGCGCCAGCCUUGGUGCCCUCGACAUGUGGCUCCUAUAUAAGAUCACAUUACCCCAUCCGCUGUAGAUCAUUUUCUCUCUACCUGAACCAAAAUCAAUCCCACCCGUACUUCCUCGACUGACUUGAACUGACGUUUCAGUCAAGACCAUUGCCUCACGAGUCACAUAUAUCAACCCCUUCCCUUCUAUUAACGUGCUCUCCCCAAUUUCGACCACAUCACCUACCUAUUAGCAACACAACCAGAAGCCUGCAAACAUGAGUAAGACCGCUGUUCACUUUGGCGCUGGCAAUAUUGGCCGUGGCUUUGUUGCCUGUUUCCUCCACAACUCGGGUUACGAAGUCAUCUUCGCCGAUGUCUCCGAUGCUCUUGUCGACGCCCUCAACUCCACCCCUUCCUACCGAGUUAUCGAGGUCGGUAGCGAAGGUACAAACGAGAAAGUGAUUUCCAACUAUCGCGCCAUCAACUCUAGGACGCACGAGUCCGAUCUGAUCAAAGCCAUCUCCACCGCCGACACCGUCACCUGCUCUGUCGGCCCCAAUAUCCUCAAAUUCAUUGCCCCCGUCAUCGCCAAGGGCAUCGACCAGCGCCCCAACGACGCCAACCCCAUCGCCGUCAUUGCCUGCGAAAAUGCCAUUGGCGCCACCGACACCCUCGCCAGCUUCAUCAAGAGUCCCAACAACACCCCCGAAGAUCGCCUGGCGGAUCAUGACAAGCGCGCUCGCUACGCCAAUUCGGCUAUUGACCGAAUUGUCCCGGCGCAAGAUCCCAACGCUGGACUCGAUGUGACAUUGGAGAAGUUCUUUGAGUGGGUUGUCGAGAGCGGCCCUUUCGCCGAGACCGGCCAUCCGGAGAUUGAGGGAAUCAACUGGGUCCAGGACCUGGCCCCCUACAUCGAGCGCAAGCUGUACACCGUCAACACGGGUCACGCCACCGCCGCCUACUACGGCUAUAACCGCAGCAAGCGGACAGUCUACGACGCUCUCCAGGAUAAGGCUAUCCUCUCGGAGGUGCGCCAGGGUCUCAAAGAGACCACCGAGCUCAUUGUUUCCAAGCACGGCAUUACCCUCAAAGCCCAGCAAGAGUACGCCGAGAAGAUCAUCCGCCGCAUCGGCAACCCUCACUUGGAAGAUGCCACCGAGCGUGUCGGCCGCGCCCCGCUCCGCAAGCUCAGCCGCAAGGAGCGAUUCAUUGGUCCUGCCGCCGCCCUUGCCGAGGACGACAAGGACUGCUCCGCGCUUCUGCGCGCCACGGAGAUGGCCUUCCGGUUCCAGGACGUUGACGGCGACGAAGAGAGCAAGGAGCUGGCCAAGAUUAUGGCUGAGAACAGCCCAGAGGAGGUCGUGCAGAAGGUCUGUGGCAUUCAGUCUUCUGAGAAGAUCCAUCCCAUGCUCGUGGAGGUCGUCCGCAAGGUUCAGGCCGACGCCGAGGAUUGACUAUCGUCAAAACUUUGAUUUGUUUCCACGCAUGCUUUGUUUUCUUUGUUUGAUCGUGAUAUCUAUCCACGACAUAUGGACGAACUCACUUUUUUCUUUUUUCUU